AUGGAGUGGACGCAGCUCUGCUUAGCAUCGCCUAGCCCCGAGCCGUCGUUCCACCGGCGGGUCAGUGCUCAUCUCCAGCGUCCUUUUCCAGGUACCAUCUCGCGUUGGCAUUGUCCGGCUUGUCCCAUCUCAUUAAUAACCUGGGUGGUACAGAGCCCAUCGGACUGGUACAUGUACCUGCAGAAACGACUUGACAGUUGA